AUGCGCUGUGGUGGGAGAGCAGGUCUCAUCUCUCCUCUCUCCCCCGUCCCUGCCUUGCUCCCACUGGCAGGAGUGGAUGCGGAGGGUGGGGCAGCAGGGACGGCGAGGGUGGUGAAUCAGCGGGUGUACUACCACGUGUUGGGGCAGGCGCAGGCUGACGAUGCGCUGUGCUGGGAGAGCAAGGCCCAUCCCAUGUGGAUGUUUGGCUCAGAAUACCUCAUUAUAAGCACGUGGGCGAACUGCGACCACGACAAUCUUGUCCACGUCAUCAACCUCCAGCAGCUGCCACGUGGAUGCCUGGAUGGCACUCCAGUGCACGCUGCCUCUGCAUCUGAUGGGAACAAUAGGAAGGAUAAGGAAGAUGAGAGCGUUGAGAAGGAUGCAAGCAAUGAGAAUGAAGAGACUGUGGUCUUUAAAAGAGAUGAUAGGGAUGAUAGGGAUGGUGGGGAUGGUGGCAGUGGUGGGGAUGGUGGGCAUGGUGAUGGUGGUUCUGUGCGCCUGCCUGCCAUCGCCCUUAGAGGCCGCUUUGACGGCAUGUUCAGCUACGUGACCAAUGACGGCCCUGCAUUCACCUUCCACACCAAUAAGGACGCGCCACGUGGCAAGGUGGUGCGGAUUAUUCUGCCAGAGGGUACUGCGUCGGACGGUGGACACGAGGAGGGGGAGGAUGGAUUGGGGGGUGCAGAGGGCACACAGAAGAGGAAGGAGGGGGAGAAGGGGGAGGAAGAGGAUGGGAGGUGGGAGGAGGUAGUAGGGGAGGCGGAGGGGGAUGUGUUGGAGUGGAUCCGGUGUGUGAACCAGGACAUGCUGCUGCUCUGCUACAUGCACGAUGUGAAAAACGUGCUAGAGAACGUGCUCGAGGUAUGUGCUGGGACGGGAUGGCAAGGCAAUGGCAGUGGCGGUAGGGGAGGCGGAAGGGGAUGUGUUGGAGUGGAUCCGGUGUGUGAACCAGGACAUGCUGCUGCUGUGCUACAUGCGCGAUGUGAAAAACGUGCUCGAGGUAUGCAGUCGUGCUCGAGGUAUGCAGUCGUGCUCGAGGGUCCCUUUCCCCUCACCAAAAGCUCCCUCCUCUCCUUUGCUGCUCCCCAUGAAUGCACUCUCUUCCUUGUUGUCUGCCUGAAUAAUGUGUUUCUUGCCUCGUUCUCUCCCCAUUCCAAAUGCGCUCCCUCACUGACGGCUCUCUGCUCUCCACCGUGCCCCUCCCCAUGGGCUCCAUCUCCUCCUCCUCGGGUAGCAGGGGGAUUUAUAAGCCAGUUUCACCCUUUUCUCCCUUUUCCCUUGCAGAUCCGCUCCCUUACCGAUGGCUCGCUGCUCUCCACAGUGCCGCUCCCCAUGGGUGCUGUCUCCUCCUCCUCGGGUCGUCGCAGCGACAGCGAGGCUUUCUUUUCCUUUGAGAGCUUUCUCUCCCCCCGCACCAUUUACCGCUGCGACCUCACGAGCCCUCGACCUGAACCAGAGGUGUGCUUGACUUGA